GCAGAUCUAUCAAUGUUAUGGAUCCAGCAUAUGGUGGUAAACAGAAUCGAUAUCAUCCAUUUCUCUACCAACAGAUCCAUGAUCGUGGUUGUUGGCAACAAAAGCAUGAACGAUACAAACCAUUCACAAUGGAAAUGUUUCUUGCAUUGCAACGAUGGCUUGCUGGUGAACCAAAUCCAACCGUAACCUUCCUUGGAAAGACACAUUCUGUCUAUGAUUGGACCCGUAUCGGCAUCUUCACUGGCGUUCGGGCUAGCGAAUAUUCUCAAGGCGACUUGGGUCGUGGAGAAUUAUUCAACAAGAUUCCAGACAAACAUGACGUUCCCAAACAGUUCCGGGGCAUGCCUCUUGCAAUGAUGGCUCAGGACUUUCGCUUCUUUGACAAGCACUAUGUGUUAAUCCCACACAAACAUUUGAUCACAAGGUAUAAACGUGAUGAUGUUGUGCGGCUUGAACUUCGAUGGAAAUAUGAUAAGAGCUCUUUCAACUUUGUGAAGAAACGCUUCAAAAUCACAGGCCAUCCUAUCUACUGUCCCGUGGAUGCCGCUGUCUGCAUCAUUCAUUGGUCGACUCUUCUUGGUGUUCCCACCGCCUAUCCUGUUGGCGUUUGGGGUUCCAACACCUCAUCUCCUUAUCGCUUCUUGAAAUCUAGGGAGGUUUCUGAGGUGAUGCGCGGUUCGGUUGAUAUGGCAUAUCCCGACCCAAACCACUAUUUGCGGAUUAACCGCCAUCUUAUUGUUCCUCAUUCCAACCGUGUCACCGCCGCAGUGUGCUUACAAAAAGGUGGAGCCAAUAAUGACGAAAUCGCGUUCCGAUUACGCUGGCUUCCGAGCUCUGUGCCCACCUACCUUCGCGACUGCUUCCAAUCUAUUGGUGACACGCUUGAGCGAACAAUUCAAGGAGCGCUGAAGUUGACAUUUUCUUCUUCUUCUUCUUCUUCUUAG